AUGUCCUUUGCAACGACGACGACGAAAGCAGCCAACGUCGGCCUGUUCUACCUGUGCUUCUACGGCGUGCUGUUCGCCGCCUUCUUCCUGCAGCUCUGGGCGACGCUCAAGUACGUGCAGUCGUACGACGGCCCGGUCUACACCUACAACAAGGCGACGGCGAGGCUCUGGCUUGGCUCGGGCUACGAGAUCGAUUACCUGUCCUCGAGCAUCAGCGUCAAGCCGGACGACAUAAUGGCCCGUGCGAAUCCGCCGCUGAUCCUGGUCAGCGAGUCGACGGCCCAGCGCAAGAGCAGGGCCAAGAGCUACGUAAUCGCGGUGAGGGACAUGCUCGGCGAGUAUCGCCAAGCGCCCAAGGAUAAGUACGAGCUCGAGUGCGACGAGCGGGUGCUGCGCGACCCCGCGAAGAAGGACAGUGCUGGUGGUGGAAGUAUUCAGGAGGAGCCGACCAAGCCGUGCUACUUCGAUCUGGCCAAGCUCGGGGCCUGCUCCAAGUCGCCCUACGGAUACGCGCCGCCCAUCGUCGAUCCCUGCGUCUACAUCAAGUUCAAUAAAGUCCUGAAGGGGGUGCCGAUCUUCUACACUCAAGCCUCACAGCUGCCCAGCGACAUGCCCGAUUGGCUCAAGCAAGUCGUACGAAAAUCCGAUAAGCCGCACGUGUGGCUGUCGUGCAACGGCACGAGCUUCGAGGACAUGCUGCACAUGGGCGAGAUCGAGUAUCUGCCGGGGCCGGGAUUCCCCGUCCAGUACUUCCCGUACGACGGCCAUCCGGACUACCUGUCGCCGAUGGUGGCGCUCAAGUUCAGACGGCCCGCAGUGAACGAGCUGAUAAACAUCGACUGCACGACCUGGGCGCACAACAUCGACAGGAGUUUCAAAUUUCGCUUCCGCAUGCUCAUCAAGGUGUGAUGCGGUCAUGAAGACGACGCGA